CAUUCAUUCAUUCAGUAACACACAAAAGGUGAAUCCGAGUAAACAAAAAUAAAUAAUUUUCUUUUUUGGGAAAUUCCCAGCAGCAAAAAAAAGAAUUAUACAUUUGCUAGAUCUAAAAUACAUGAAGAUACAAUAAGAAUGGAUGGCAAUCUGACUCCCGAACAAAUCAAGGAGAUACGGGACGCUUUUUCCGUUUACGACAGAGACAACACUGGCUCGAUCACCUGCCAGGAACUGGGCGUCGUGCUGCGCUCCCUGGGACAGACGCCCACUGAGGCCGAGCUGUACGACAUGAUCGAGGAGAUCGAUGCGGAUAACAGCGGUACAAUUGAGUUUGUCGAGUUCCUUCAGAUGAUGGCCAAGAACUAUCAGGUGCUCAACAAGGACGAGUCUGUGAAGGCCGCGUUCGAGGUGUUCGAUCGCGAUACCGAUGGGUUUAUAUCAGCGCAGGAGAUGCGCUACGUUAUUGCCAGUCUGGGGGAGAAGCUCACCGAUCAGGAGUUCGAUGAGAUGUUCCGCGAGGCCGAUUUGGAUAAUGAUGGGCAACUGAGCUACGAUGAGUUCCUUCAUGCCUAUCGAUCCUAGUCCCUGAUCGAAUUACAUAUUUUGUUUCACUUUA